ACGUUACAUUUUCGAGUCGUGACGCAAAACGCCGGAAGACGUGAGUGUCUCCGCCGUAAAUGCAAACGAUAGGAGUAGUACUGGGAGUCAGAGCACAGACCACAGCAAAGACAAGAUGGCAGGACUGCCCCGUAGGAUCAUCAAGGAGACGCAGCGUUUGUUGGCAGAGCCGGUGCCAGGCAUCAAAGCAGAGCCAGACGAGGGGAAUGCUCGCUACUUCCACGUGGUGAUCGCUGGGCCACAGGACUCGCCGUUCGAGGGAGGGACCUUCAAGCUGGAGCUCUUCCUGCCCGAGGAGUACCCCAUGGCUGCCCCCAAAGUCCGCUUCAUGACCAAAAUCUACCACCCCAAUGUUGACAAGCUGGGCAGAAUAUGUCUAGACAUCCUGAAAGAUAAGUGGUCCCCAGCAUUGCAGAUCCGCACAGUUCUGCUGUCCAUCCAAGCAUUACUAAGUGCUCCAAACCCAGAUGAUCCUCUAGCCAAUGAUGUCGCAGAGCAGUGGAAGACCAAUGAAGUUCAAGCCAUAGAAACAGCACGAACAUGGACCAGGCUGUAUGCAGGGAACAACAUAGAAGUGUAGAAACGAGUUGAAGAAGAAGAGGAUGAUGUGGAGGUCGAGUGUGAACACAACUCCUCACGUUCUGCCAAGAUCUGUUCAUUUGCAUUUAAAGGACACAGUCUUAGAGGAAAACAAAACAUCUAUACCUAUCAAAAGAAAUGUUACAUUAGUGAAAAAAAAACAAACAACUGCAGACAAUUGGUGAAUUUAAAAACACAUAAGCAGAAAAAAAAGUAAGCAAAAGAAAAACCUACCUGAAAAUGUUGUUCUUGUCCUGAGUUCCUAUGCCCUGCUGCAUGGGCAGGGUCCACGUGUCCUCUCAUGGCUUUGGGUGUCAAGCCGGCAAUAGGUUUCCAUGGACGUCACUAGCAUAAGCGCGCGCAACAUUACCAUCAUUUCCACAUCAGACAAUUGUGGGUAAGUGUAGAUGUGUAGAUUAUGGAAACCCUUGGUGCAGACGCUGCACACGUGUAAAGACACCUACCCCAUGAGACGCUCUCCCCUGCACUUCCUCACAAUCCACUGCUGUGGAAUGUUGUGUCACGCUCCUUGCUACGUUCAUUGAUCUGUAUUGCCAGCCACAUACAUCUGCUUUACACAGAGCCUCAGCUAACCUGGGGAGGGGGAAGGGGUGGGAUGGGGUGGGAUGGCGAGGUUCCAUUUUUACUGUGUUUUCCCCCCUCCCUUUUAAAGCCUUUUUUGUUGUUGUUGUCCCUCAUGAUGCUGUUCUACUUAGAGAAACAUACCUUCUUUCUUCCAGGCUACAGAUUCAUCAAUGUUAGGAAGCAUAGCGACAGAUUACAAACUCUAGCUUGGCUUUUAAAAAACAAAUAUAUAUAUAUAUAUAUAUAUAUAUAUAUAUAUAUGAAUAAAUAAUAAUGAGAAAUUAUACAUGACUUGAAAACAAAUGAUUAACGACCGCUGUCAGUGUAUAGACCUAACUUUGGUGUGUGACAUUUGUGUGGCUUCUGCCAAGGGAAAGGUAAGGGCAGUGAAUAUUCUGCUGUUUAUGUAUUAGACAAAAAAGGUGAGGAAAAAAACAACAAACAAGCAAGUAUAUUUUGUUAUUCUAGUGGGUCUCAGUAUUUAAUUCUGACCUCUUUGCCAGUGCUGUACUAAUUCCACCAUCAUCACCAUCCAAAGGCACCCAGGCCCACAUGUCUGUUUUCUCUGUUAGUUGUUUUGAAUUUUAUUUUAUUUUUCCCCUCCUUUUUUUAUUUUAUUAUUAUUAUUUUUCUCUGACAGAACUUUGGUUGUAUCUAGGUUGACGCUGUCUCUGAGGGGUUGUGGGCAGGAGAGUUGUGGGCGGGGUCAGGUGGGAGGUUCUGUAAAAGAUCAGUGUAGGCUUAGUCUCAUCUGUUGAUUGGUCCUUGGUUUAAAAGUCUGUAUUCUCUUCACUGUUUGUAAAUUCAUUCUUUCUGUGGGAACCCGACACAGUACUCCUGCCCCAAACGGGAGCGGCAACCGUCAACAAACAUACUUUUGUUCUUUCUGUAAAUAAAUCUGUUGAUUUAAUAA